AUGCUCAUGAGUGGCGGUGGCUCUGCGCAGCAUGCAGAAGCUAGCUUUCCAUUUUGGACCAACGACGUAGACCCCUUCACAUCCGUGCCACAGUGUGAUGUGGCGCCAUCGUGCUCCCUACUUCGCCUCCGCGACUUGUUCUGCUGCGAUGUCGCCGACACUGACGAGUGUUGGCAGUACAUUCUGCUCUCGAGCUACAUGACUGACUUUCGAUGGCUGCUGAGGACUGUGCCGGAGCUGUCCGCUGUGACAGGGAAGCUGGUGGUGCUAAGCGGCGAGAAAGGGACGGCGACGCUGCGCUGCACAACCGGCGAGCCUUUGCAUUCGUAUACAGCGACGUCGCCGCUGCUGGACCGGGUGAACCCUUUCGUGGCGUCAUUGCGCGAACAUGCGCAGACCACAUCUGCUGUAGGCACCCUCCUUUCACGCGAACGCCUUGCCGUUCUCGAACCGCCGCUGCCCAUCGCCUUUGGGACGCACCACUCCAAAAUGGCGCUUUGCGUCAACAGCCGUGGACUGCGCGUUUCCAUCUUCACUGCCAACCUCCUCGAGCAAGACUGGUGCUGGAAGUCACAAGGUAUUUACGUGCAGGACUUCCCGUGGAAGACGUCCGCGAAGAGCUCAAAGCACGACUCCCUGGAUGCGACCGCGGGGACAGCCACCACUGGCUACAGCAGCAGCAAUUUUAGUGGUGUUUGCCCAAAGGGGAUCGACUUUGCCGAGCAUCUCCGUCAUUACUUGAUUCAGUGCGGCGUGAGUCUCGCCGCCGCUUUCACUUCACUGAAAGCAGCGGCAUCAUUGGCGGGCCCUCUCGGGAUCUUCGAGACAGAUUUCCUAUCCCACAUCGACUUCUCCGCUGCAGCCGUGUGGCUUGUCAGCUCCGUCCCUGGGACACACGCGCACGGCGAGGUUAGUCCCGGCUACCGUGUUGGGUUGUGCCGACUGGCGGAGGUGCUGCGGCGCUCGCCGCUGACGAUGGCCACAACGCCGGCGUCCGUUGACCUGAUCUGGCAGUACAGCUCCCAGGGCUCGCUCAAUUCAACCUUUCUGAACACGCUGCAAGCAGCCAUGUGCGGAGAGGCGGUGACAGUGAUUGAAUCUGGCAACGCACCGCGUGGUGUGCGCGACGUGCUGGUGGUUUACCCGACAGAAGAGGAGGUGCGAAACAGCUGGGAGGGCUGGCGAGGCGGCGGGUCGCUUCCGCUGCGCGUGCAGUGCUGCCAUGAGUUUGUGAACAACCGCUUGCAUCGCUGGGGCAGCCGUGCCGAAGAUCACGCGGUAGAACAUGGCCUUACACAGCCAGCCAAAGGUGUAGCAGCGCACGCUAGCCGUGAGGACGCCGUGGAUGUAGAUCAAGCGGACAGUGACCGAGACGAGGAGGCGACGGCAUCACUAGUGGCCAGCUGCGCGGCCUAUCGACAGUUUGCGCUGCCUCAUAUUAAGUCGUAUGCCGCCGUCGCUCCAGACCGCACCUGUGUCCGCUGGUUUCUCCUGACGAGUGCCAAUCUUUCCCAGGCGGCGUGGGGUAGCGUAAGUGGAAAAGUGAAGAAACGAGGCUUGUGCCAGCAACUUGUGCGGUCGUACGAGCUAGGCGUGCUCUACGACUCUCAUUCUGCCGUUGACCCAUCCGUGUGGUUCAGUGUGGUGGCCAAGUCGGGAAUUCAACUGCCAACUGCGCACAAUUCUCGCCCGAUGUUGUACGAGGUGCCGUUCGGCAUUGGCCCCCGUGGGGUCUGUCUGUACACCCCCUACAACCUCCUUUACCCGACCCCGUACGCUAGUACUGCCGCGCUGCGAGAGCAAAGGCGCGUAUCUGACGAGGGUGAACAGGCGGUGGCAUCAGUGGCCCUGGACUGUCGUGAUGUGCCGUGGGUACUAGACAUGCCCCAUCGCGGUAAGGACGCCUACGGCCGCGAGGUUGAGGAGGCGUUUGAGAGUACUGUGCCGCCACCUUUAUCGAAGUGGCAUCCUUGUAUGCAUGCCAUGACGACGGCAUCUCUGCUCCGCGCCAGGGCUCCCUGUAAACGCACACGCGAGGCGUAG